ACGCGGGCAUCUGUUAAAUACCCGCAAACAAUAAAUACUUCCUCAUCUCUUACACCUACGAUGAUGAGAAUGACGUGAGAGAUAACAUGUACAGUGUACUUUAAUUUAGAUGUCUAGAGAAAGAGAAAACGAUGUCACCCGAAAUCGUGUCUGCUAUUGUGAUCGCUGUUCUAGCAAUUCUGCUAUGUAUAGGUAUUAUUAGUUUUCUGAUAUUUCUAUGCUUCAAGAUUGUCCACCAUCAUAAAAGGUUAAAUGACAUUGAAGAACAAUUAGAUAAGCUAAAAAAUCAAUUACAAGUUAGUGCCGUUACCAAACAGGAUGAAUAUGGUAAUCUGGAUGAAUCUAAGCGGAGACACAAGGAGCCGGAACACGAUAGUGCAAUAGAACUUCGAGGUAAUUCUGCUAACAGUUCUGACAAUGCGCAGCCGACAAUUGGCCAUUCAAGUCUUUCUAGUUUCACAGGGCCACGGUAUACAAUCAAAAUAAGGAAAGAAACCGCAAAAUAUGUUCGGAAAGAAAUCACAAAUGUAUAUGGCAAUGUUCUUCCAGAUUCGCAAGUUGUUGCGAUUGCUCAGCGUUAUUACAAAGAGAAAACAAACUCGUCAGACCUUGUGGGAAUUGAUGAUAUGGAUAUAACCAAUCAGAAAGAAGAGAAAGAAAUUAUAAAUACCAGGCAGAGUGUUAUAUUUGAAGGACGGCCUACUUCAAUGAUGAUGGAUCUUGAUGAACUACCAGAUAGCAAUAGGUUAAAUGAGCAGGGAGUUUUUGUGCAUAAGAUGAUAGGGAAAUCGGGAGGAGAUCUUCAACUCUUGGGAAUAAAGCUCGAAAUUCCGGAUGGAGCAUUGAAAAAUAAUACUCAAAUUACUCUAGGUAUAACAUGGGAUAUUUCUGCGUACCCAAAACUCACAAAAUCGCAAGCAUUGCUGAGCCCUGUUGUUGUGUGUCAGCCAUCUGUCUACUUUGAAAAGCCAGUACGUUUAUCUUUUCCUCACUGUGCUGUUAACCAUGAGUUGCACUGGAAGUUAACAGUUCUAUGUAACAAAAGUAAUCUGCAUGAGAAUGAUGGUGCAUGGAAUGAAAUACAACAAAAUGGCGUCCAUAAAAUGGAAAUUACGGAACAUCAUGUUGUUCUUUUUCUAAAACAUUUUACUUUGUACACACUUGCUGGAGAAAGUGUAGAAGGCAAAACUGCAGUAAAGGCAGUAAAAUUGCUAGCAUUUACAUCUCGUUUUCAAAUGGACCAAAUGUUUACUGUUAGAAUCUAUUGCAUAAACAAUUAUAUCGACGAGUCUUCACCAGAAAUGAUGACUAUAACUAAAGCUACAAAAGAUAUGAAAGAAGCCGAUGCACCACAACCCUUGUUCAUACAUAACAACAAUAAAGAUGUCGUCGUUGAACUGGCAAAACUGUCCAACGGCUGGGAAAAUGACGGAGGUUCCAGUAAGACAAUAGAUUUUGAGAGUAUAUGGCACUGUUUAGCUCCAAACUGCAAAUAUCUGUUUCAUCCAAAAGAAAUGUCAUCGACGAAAAUAGUGUGUGAUUUUACUUAUCAUCAGCCUAGUAUUGAUAAAGAAAUUAUACCAAAGAAAAGAACUUUAAAGAUAGCUGAUGAAUAUAAAGAUCGAUCAUCCUUAGCCUUAAAAAGGAAUCUAACUAAGGAUAGAAAACAGAUGAAAAGCUUGAUUUUAAAGCUCGACCCCAAAUCAGACAAGGAUUAUACAAUGUUAGCAGAGAAAAUAGGCUAUCAAGCGGAAGAAAUACGAUGGCUAGAAGAACAAAAAGGUCUCAAGAGUCCUACCGAAAUAAUACUGCAAAAAUGGAUAGACGAUGGACAUCAGCUGACAGACUUAGAACAAUAUUUGUCAGAUAUGGAACGGGAAGAUUGUGUUUCGGUUCUAUCCGUGAAGGGGGUACAGCAUAAACAAUAGACAACAGUAAUUAUAUCCCACGCAUUCCAUACAAAAAUAAAGAGAUUUGGUGUGAUUGUCAAGGAGACAACUAUCAUAUAACUUGAAAGUUAGAAAUAAAGUGGAUUUAUAUUUAAGCAAAUAUACGCAAUAGUACUGCCUUUGACAUUGACAAAACCGUAUACCGUAUAGUGGGCUAUAACAACCUGAUUUAGUCUAUCUAAGAGAGAGACAUAUCUCUUGCAUGUUCAAGACAUUCUUGCAGAUUUCGAAAAAGAGCAGGCUAAUGGCGCUUCAAGGCAGCACUCGCACCCGCAAAGUGGAAAGGGAUUAAUACAAGUUGCAAGCCUUGUUUCCCAAUCCACAAUAAAUACAUAUGUAAAUAUAAAAACAUCAAAUACAUGCAUGUAGAGGAGAACUAGGUUCACUCCCUACACUGUAUUAUGUAAUAAUGAAUAUGGUUAAAUAUUGGAUCCAUCUCAUGAAAGAUAUUGAACCUUCAAAUAUUAUUCUAAGGGAAGUCAUAAAUCUAUCUCAUUCUAUGGAAAAACAUAACCAGGAAUCUUGGAUAGGAAGCAUUUAACAUAUAUUUAUUUUUUUAGACUUAGAAUAUCUAUUUGUUAACCAGUCAAACUUUAAACAAAACCAUAUUCUAAAAAAGGUAAAAACAUCUUUAACUAUUACAUUUAAAGAAAGUUGGCUAGCUAGUUUAGAAAGCAGUUCUGGGAAGUGUACUAAUU